AUGGCCAUUAUUUUGGGGGGUAAUAUGGAAGCUCCAAGUGAUCAUGUGAAUCUUCAAGAAGUUUUACCUGAAGGAUUUAUAGAUCGAACGGCCAAAAUCGGAAAAAUGAUUGGAUGGACUCCACAAAUAGAUAUAUUGUCACAUUCUUCUAUAGGAGGAUUUGUAUCACACUGUGGAUGGAACUCUACAUUGGAAAGCAUAUGGUUUGGUGUUCCAAUCGCUGCAUUGCCAUUACAUGCAGAGCAACAAUUAAUUGCUUUCCAAAUGAUUGUGGAAUUAGGAUUGGCAGUGGAAAUUAAAAUGGAUUAUAGAUUGGAUUUGUUUAACAAGGAUGGUGAUGAAAGUACUAUUACUGCUGAAGAAAUAGAAAGAGGAAUAAGAUGUUUAAUGGAGCUUGACCAUGGAAAAAGGAAGAAGCUGAAAGAAAUGAGUGAAAAGAGUAGGAAAGCUUUGAUGAAUAGUGGAUCAUCUUACGCAUGGUUAAGUCAUUUCAUUCAAGAUGACAUAAAAUAUGAGUAA